AUGCCUGAUGUUAGUGAUAAUAUUUUGGUAUAUGAAAAAUUCCAAACAAGCAUUAUUUAUUUUCUUACUAGACAGGUAUAUGAGGAAGCUGAAGCAGAACUUGAUGAAUUGAUGAAACGAAGGGAAAAUUUAGAAGAUAGUUUAAUGACGAUUGAAAAAAAGAUUUAUACAAAUGAAAGCUCAUACUUGGAAGAAGGUGGCAAUCUUAUUCAUGGAUUUAGUGGAUAUUUAAAACCUUUAUCACAACAAGAUAAGAGAAAGAAAGAAAUAAUCCAAGAAGAUCGAAUAUUUUCUAAUUCAAGUUUUAAUUACGAAGAGAAGGUCAUGGAAUUUGUGACAGAAGAAGAAAGUUCUAGUUCAGACGAAUACAAUAAGAAAAGCGGUAGAUCAUCUUUAUUAGCAAAUUAUUCUCUAAAUAAAAGAGUAAAAAGAACUCAUAAAAAAACCAACAACACCAGCCAUAGUUGUAUUAGACAAUCUUCCAUUUAUAAUCAUAAUUUGGAAAUUGCAUUGGUGAAAUAUCGACUAGAAUAA